CCCACAGUGGGCUUGAUGACCGGGAGCUGCGACUCUGGACAUUUUAAGGUGAGCACGUUUAGUUUGGAGCGGACUUAAAAUCCCAGAGCGGGGCUGCUGAGGGCAGGACAGCGGGCACAGCAGCUGCUUCUGCCGGAGGAACACCUGAGAAAGGUGCGCUCAAGCCGGGUGACAAAUUACACACCAAACUGGAGACUUCUUCGGACUUGGCUCUGUUUCAGACUCCCGGUAAGCGGCACCGACGAUGCUCCGCUCAGGCUCUCGGUCUUAACAUCACAAAGUAACUCGAUUUUUAAAAAGUGUCAGCUUUCUGGAUAUUUGUGCCCUUGUUUGUUGUUGUUUUUAAUCAGCGGACGCGUGAUGAUUCCCGUCGCAUCGCGCUGCGGUAGGUGAACUACUGGAAACGUGAGGGAGCUGGAGCGGGAGGGGAGGGUGGAAAGCGGGUCUUUGCGGCCAACUCGGACCUUUUCGGCUUGAUUAGAGCUGUAAUUUCACCUUCCACGGCUCAGAAUACAUUCCCACCUUUUUCUCUCGGCUGUCGACGCUGAAUAAAAGCAGAAGAAGUCGGUGUCAGCUGAGCCAGAACGGUGCGGAUCCGUCGGAUGCCUCUUUUUUGUUGUUUUCCUCCCCUCUCUACACUGUUUCCAUGAUUUGCGCAAGGAAUUUCACGUUUGAAUUUUUAAUUGGAGAAUGACUAACCUCACAGGGACACUCUGCUGCUCUUUCCCUGCCGUUUGUUGCUCAGACAAGUCUGAUCCUUUUUGGAGAACGCGUGCAGCAUCCCCGUGGUUCCAGCCAGGGCGCGCGUAACCUCUCCACUGAUGUCCAUUGAUUUAUAAUAUUUUUUUUGUGGGGGGCCAUUUAUCGAGUGUCGCGCAAGGACUCGUGUUCGUUUGUGGAACACUGUUUUUUUUUCUUCCCCUCCCUGCUGCCCGGGUUGGAUCAGGAUAGUUGGAACUUUUUGCUCUCUGAUGUGGGGGAAACGCUCUGCGUUGCCUGGAGAAGACGCGGUUUUGCCGUGCCCUAGGUUCGCUGCUCGCAAAGACUCUGAGAAGACUGGCCAGUAACAUUUCUGCUUCUGAAGACCUCCAAUUUACAUCGGACUCCCUGCCGCUCAGACACUCGUGCGGUUGCAUUUCUGUCUAUUGCGCAUUAUCCAACUUAAGACCCUCGAAGAACUGCAACAGCGUCGUGUGGAGGCUAACACCUGCAGAGAGGUUUAUUUACCCUCAAUCGGCUACUGCAACAGCUGGGAUUUAACAUCCUCCUGCAGGGAUUUCUACCAUGUCAGGUGUACGGGAUUUCAGACGGACUCUCUUCAUCUGUGUGGCGGCGCUUUCAUGUGCUCUUGCAGGUAAAAUCUCUCCAACCAGCUCUGAUGCCCUGAGUUCGUCAGCAAUGACAGCCAGUCCUUCACCACCCAGCGUGUACCUUCCUGCCAACUUCAAAAUGUCCAAUGCACAACUGGCCUUCUUUUUGAGGGAGGCUCAGAUCACAGGACAAACAUUUGGCGGCAGCACCAAGAGCGGCAGUAGUCCCAGCAGUGGAAACCCAUUGCAGCGCUCUGAGAGUUUUGUGGUUUUCCAGACAAAAGACCUCCCCGCCAUCAACAUAAGCUUCGGGCCUUUUGCCCAGGACCAGGCCCUGUCCAAGGAGUUGCUUCAGCCAGCUAGUCCUCUGGAUAUUCCCGGCCAACUGACAGUCAACUGGAAGGUUCGGGCCUUCAUUGUCCAGCCGCGGGUCUUCUCCAACAACCCCACAGUCCAGGUGUUUUUCUAUAUCGCCGGUCGUGACUGGGACGACUUCAAGGCUCAGGACAAGCUACCCUGCGUCCGUUUGCAUGCCUUCCGGGAUGUCCGUGAAAUUAAAACCUCCUGCCGCAUGAAAGGUAACCUGGCGCAGUGCUUGGCCCAACUGGAGCUUCCUCCGUCGUGGUUUAACACCAAUGUAGCCCCUCUGGGCCGAAGGAAAGGCUCGAGUGACGGGCUCUUGGAUGGGUUAAGUGAGACCCUCCAGGCUGAGCUAUACUACACGCUACACGAGCCUAACCUGGAAGGGGAGUGCAGUAAGGGUUCAGGUCACGGUGGUGGUUCUUCCAGGGGAGAACCUCUGUCACAGCACCCCCUGCUGCGCAUCGGAAGCAUCAGCCUGUACCAGGCCAGUGAAGAGCAGCUGCUGGUGGACAAGCAGCUAGACAAGAACAUGUUCCUCAGGCUGCCGGAGAAGCCCCUGAAGCCUGGAGAGAUUCUCAAAAUCUUCCUGUACCUGAUGCCCAACUCUACUAUUGAGCAGUUCACCCUCAAGGUCAAAGCUAAAAAGGGGGUAAACCUGCUCCAAACCAACUCGAAGAGCCCCCAGUGGAAGGUUGAAUGGGAGGUGCAGUCUGGCGCCAAGCAUUCCAUCACCACCAUCGAUGUGAACAAGAACAAAGCAGUCAAGCAGGGGGAUGUUGUGGGCAAUGUCGAGGUGAUGCAGCUGGACUUUGAGAUGGAGAACUUCACCAGCCUCUCGGUAACCAGAAGGAUCAACUGGAACAUUGAUUAUAAGGGACAAAACCCGCCACCUGAUUCAGAGAAAGUCGUGACAGAACUGACGGUAGUGCAGCGGGACAUUCAGGCCAUCAUCCCUCUGGCCAUGGACACCGAGAUUAUCAACACGGCCAUUCUGACCGGACGCACUGUGGCCAUUCCUGUCAAAAUGGUCUCGAUUGAGAUGAACGGGGCAGUCACUGACGUCUCGGCUUUCGUGCAGUGCAAGUCCUCAAAUGAAGACAUUGUUAAGGUGUCCAUGAAUUGUGACUACGUGUUCGUCAAUGGGAAGGAGACGCGGGGCUCCAUGAAUGCCAGGGUCAUCUUCAGCUAUGAGCACCUGAGCGCGCCGCUGGAGCUGACCGUCUGGGUUCCCAAACUUCCCCUGCAGGUUGAACUUUCUGACAACAAUCUGAGCUUCAUCAAAGGCUGGAGGGUCCCCAUUCUGCCCGACCGCAGGAGCACUAGAGACAGCGACGCGGACGACGAAGACGACGAUCGCCGGGUGAGUCGAGGCUGCACCCUGCAGUACCAGCGGGCCCUGGUCAAGGUGCUCACACAGUUCCACACCACCUCCACAGAGGGCACUGACCAGGUUAUCACCAUGCUGGGACCCGACUGGCAGGUGGAUGUCACAGACCUGGUGCAGGACUCCCUGAAGGUGGCUGAUCCCAGGAUUGCGGAGUUGGUGGACAGGACGGUCCUGGUGGGCCUGGAGCUGGGAUCCACUGUGCUGAAGGUGGAGUCUCCUCUGGCAGUGGAUGCAGUAUUAGGAGAGGCGGCAUUCUCGGUCACAGAUGACAAGGUUUCCAUCACAGAGCUGCGUGUUCACGCCAUUUCAGGCCUGACCCUGUCACUGCAGCCCAGCCCCGGCAACAGCCACACCAUGGUGGCCAAGGCAACAGGAAUCCAGACACUCGCUGCUCCCAAACAGGAGGCCAGCUUGUCUGUCUGGAUGCUUUUUAGUGACAACACAGCCGCCACUCUGACUUACUUUGAUCCCAAAGACUACAACCUCAAUGCCUCCACAUUGGAUGACAAAGUUGUGUCAGUAACCCAGGAGCCUCAGCAACGCUGGCCUGUGGUGGUGGCAGAAGGAGAAGGAUCUGGCGAGAUGGUGCGUGUGGAGAUGACCAUCUGUGAGGCCUGCCAGAAGACCAAACGCAAAAGCGUCAUCGCAUCUGCUGCAGUUUAUGUCAAGGUCCGCUUUGGCCCCGAGGAGGACUCUGAGGAAGAGGCGACCACGGAGGGGGAGAUUGAGCUGGCACCCGUCACCAGGCGUCCAAUCGUCGAUCCGAACAUUAGUGGACGAAUUUAUGAGACAUCUAACGAGCAGCCUGCCAGUGUUCCCAUUGAUUACACCAAUUUACCUACUAUGAGUAUCCAAGAGGAACCAACUGAGGGUGAAGAAGAGGAGGAGGAAGACUUUGUGCAUUCGCCUCGCAACAUGACUGACCUUGAGAUUGGCAUGUACGCUUUACUGGGAGUCUUCUGCCUGGCCAUUUUAGUCUUUCUCAUCAACUGCAUUGUCUUUGUGCUUAAAUACCGCCAUAAGCGGAUCCCACCUGAGGGUCAGGCCAACAUGGAUCACUCCCACCACUGGGUGUUCCUGGGAAACGGCCAGCCGCUGAGGGCCCAGUGUGAUCUGUCACCACAGCAAGUGGAAAGUCCCACUAACCCUCUGGAGGGCGUACAGACUUGUUGCCACGGGGACCACCACAGCAGUGGCAGUUCCCAGACUAGCGUUCAAAGCCAGGUACACGGAAGGGGCGACGGCAGCUCUGGGGGCUCUACAAAGGAGAACGGCGAGGAUGCCAGUUCCCCCACCUCUAAGCGCAAGCGAGUCAAGUUCACCACUUUUACCACCCUUCCCACAGAGGAGCUGCCCUAUAACUCCAUCCCGAUAGCAGAUGAAGAGGACAUUCAGUGGGUUUGCCAGGAUAUGGGCUUUCAAGACCCAGAGGAACUGCACGAUUACAUGCGCAGAAUAAAAGAAAUAGCCUGAGAUACGAGGUGCAGCGUCGAGCCCCACUCUCGGCUUUCUAAGAAGAACGUUCCUUUCUAUUUUUCUCUUUUACACCUAAGUGAAAGAUAAUUUUUUCACAGACUAAAAGGUCAACUGUUGUUUUGGUUAGUUUCUUUUAGUUUGCACAGUGCUGUAAUCUCAUACACGCUCACACAGAGGAGGACGCGAGGAAGCCAAAGACCUGACCAGAGGAUCUCGAUUGCUAGAGAAAUCUGUAAAUCUUGGCUUUUGCAAACCUGUUUCACUGGGAAGCCGAGCCAUGGGCGACGAGAGAGCUGCUGAGGCUCUCUUAUUUUCAGGAUCUGUAUUAUAUAAAUACAGGCCAUUUACCAUUUCAAUGAAAGCCUGAUACGGACAGGUGUAUGGUACCGGUCGUGGCUCGGUGGGACUCUGCAGUACUGUACCUAUUCCAAACAAAGAGGCCUUUGAUGAGCAAAUAACUGUCAAAGACUCUCAUGAAAGCUAUGUUUAAAAAAAAAAUCAAAUUUUUUCUUUUGUUUUUUUGUUUUUCGCCAAAGUAGGAAAAGCGUUCUUUUAACGGCAAAACGUUCUUCAUAGUUGUCGUUGGUGCGGCACACUCAUGAUUUGUACUCAUGUUCAUUCCUUACAUUUUUCUACAUUUCAUAGGUAGUCAAAAGCAGUGCCCUACUACUACUAGUCCUCAUGGUCCUGAAAAAAUCUUAAUGCCUUAUAAUAAAAAAAAUGGUCACAGUUCACUCGUAUAUCAGCGCGGACACCCUGUUUUCUCACGACGGCUAGAGCCAGUGUAGUAAGAGCUACUAUGUAAAAUACUACGACUGCUCUCCAGCAUGAGGAAUAAAUACAAGGAGCUUGUGCAUUGCGAGGAUCUCUAACAGUCUUUGCAUGGAAGGGGAUCUUGAGGCACAAUCAGCAACUUUUUUUCCAAAUUUGUAAAUGUUUAUAUUGUAAUUAUAUAAUCAUUCAUACACAUAACUAAACUGAAUAUGUUAUCAUGCAUUACACGCAUGCCAUGCCAUUCCAGGCCAGGCCAGGCUUACAUACAUGCAGACAUUCCUCUCUAGUAUAUGUAUAUAUUGCAUCGAGCUGGAGCCAGUUCCAGCUCGAACAUUCGACAAGCUGCUUACUCCAAGGUAUACGAGUGGAAGCUGGUUGAAGUCUUGAAUAUUUUAUAGUCUUGUGGUGGGCUGAAGGUUCCCCUCGGUAAUGUUACAACAGAACUGUAGAUUUUUAAUAAAUGGUAUCACAUCUGACUGUUGAACGAGGGGAUUUGCUAUGCAUCAGACUUGUAAUAGAUUCUAAUCUUUUGAUGAUUUACUUCCCUUCCCCAAGUUUGGCUGGCCCUCCAGCCUUUUGGAAAAAUAAUAAAAAGAAGAACUUCUAAUGGAAACAUUCUCACUGAGCACAAGAUCCUCUAAACUCUGCAGGAAACGCCAUCCAUCCUUAAAGAAGGUUACGGAAUAAAUCAUUGAUUCUCUUCCAUCAUUUAAGUCAUGACCAUCUCAUGCUGUCACACUGUUUUCAGACACACCUUUAUGUGGGCCCUGUUUCGAUUCUCUAUUCCGGUGAACUUGUGUGUAGAGGUCACAAAUUUACUUCAAAUAUGAACGGUCCCGGAGCGUAGUAGCUUUUGCGGGGAAAAUGCUAAAUGUGCUUCUGUUACUCCAGCUGUGAGGAUGAUAUGGGUGCGGGUGUGAGAUCAUGUAAAUGUACCUCAGGCUUUACUGACAAAUCAAAGCGGUUGAAAUCAACACAGCCUAAGUGUUGUUGUGCAGAAGUGUUAAUUGCUGUCUUUUAAAUGUUUACUGACGUGGCUUUCAGGUAAGCUCAAGCAGAAAAAAUGAAAGCUCUGGAGAGUUAAGCGUAAAAUAUCUGAAGACUGAAAACGUCGCCAGGCAGACAGAUGCAUAGUAACCGGGAGCAGGGCUGAUAGUAUUUUUAAUUACACUUGCCCUGUUAGCUUGUCUGCUUUAUAGUACUUAGAGAGAAUAACUAGAGACGACUUUAAAGGUUGAUGUUAUUCCAGCUCUGAUCUCACAUAAAAUAAGUUCUUUUCAGGACUAAUGAGACAAGCAGACUUAAAAAAUGGCUUUCCAUGUAACUCUGCUUAACUUCUGUAGUGUGCAUCUAAGGGCUUGGAGUUUUCUUUUGUGUUAACUGUCUAAUUUGGAUCCUGCAAAUAAGCAAACAAAUGUGACAUGCUUCUUUUUGUGGCUCUAUUUGUCACUCAAAAUGUAUUUUGUUGCCAUUUUACCGCCUUUAAGACCCUGGAAAGGGUCUGGGUAAAGACCCAAUCCAGAAUUCCUCUAACUGUGGCAGCUGUUAUGCAAAUACCAGCUUCUUCAGAUGAAAAAAUAGAAUUAAAGACAUACUUUAUCUGUACUUUAAAAAUUUCACUGAUUGACAAUCUGAAGACACGGUCACUCGUAGCAAAUACAAAAGCUGUUACUUUAUUUCCCAUUGGAAAACCACAUGUUUCAACACUCAGUGUGACUACCUAUCAGCAGCUGGAUUAAUCCUUUCAAGGGGCCAGUUCACCGCAAAAUAAAUACAAAGACAUAUUUUAAAAUAUAUGGUAUGUGGUAUUUCCAGGUAUAGAGGUAUCAGCAGGAGUAUUGUUCUCCUUCUCUUGAAUAUAAUGAAACCAGAUGGCUCUUGUCUUGAGGCGCUCAAGGUUGUUAAAACCUCAACAGCAAUGUCUGUUUCAGAAAUCCUGAACCAGUUCCUUGAAAAAACCUCUACAAACCUCGCUUGGAGCGAUUUCUUCUUUAAACUGUUUUCUUUCUACUGUCUGCAAACACUAAAAACGAAGCGUGCAGCUUGUUAACAUUGCAGCUCAGCUGUAAAUGAAGGCUUGACGCUAUUUAUGUUGUUUACAUGAUGUCACUCUGUCACUAGGGUGUGCAUCGUGUCAUGGGUAGAUUGAUGCUUUCUCCUGCACUUUGUUAUGGUUGGAGGGUGUAGUUGGGUGGAGAGAAAAUAGUUCCUGCUGUACAUGUAAGUGCGCACCACAAGGUUUGUGGAUCGCUUUGUGUAAUCAGGUCAUGAUCUAUGUGAUGAGAGCUUUUUUUUUUUCUAUGAAACUGGGAAAAUCCCAAAAAAAUGACAUGAUUAAAUAUCACUACAACCCAGAGGUUUAGUUUAGGGUGAACUGUCCCUUUAAUUCUUGUCUGAAAGUGGGCGUGAGAUUAUUUCUCAUCACUAAACUGUACUUUUCCAUAUAUUACUUGUAUAUAGACCCACAGCUGAUCUACAUAAAUCCUGGAUUGGGACUUUAAGGGUUUGAUUUGCUGCAUGCCCUCUCUGUGUUCCAUGUGGUUGAAAAGAAUAAUGACCAAUUCUGGUUUUAAUAAUUUUUAAAUCUGUGUUAUCGGCUACAAACGAGACGACGGUCCAAGCCCGACCUCCUUCAGCUACGACAUCGACAUGUUUUCCUGUGAACUAGAGAGAAAAAUCAGUUUGAGUUUUGACUUCAAAUGACGGUCUCUCAGGAUGAAUGUAGAAUUCCUAACUAAGCCUGGUUCUUUUGUGAUUAGUGUUAACCUGGUUAGUCUGAUCUGGUGACUUUACAGAUUAAGUGUCUAAUAGCAGCUUCGGUUUUCACACGUUUCUUCCCCUCCUCGCUGACGUACUCACAGUAUUUAAUACGUUAUUUUUAUUAUGAUUUUUACAUCCUCCAGUCCCUUCCUGCUUUGGCAAAGUGUAGAUAUUGCUCAUUUUGUAUCUUCUUCAAGCUGCUAAUAGAAACUUAGACUGCUUAUAACAUGUAAAUGAAGAUUUUGAAUUGUAUCCCCACCCUCACCCCCGCCCAUGGUGAAAUGUGCACAACGUGCACGGCUCGGUUGGCUGUGCCAAGUAACCACCACACUGACUAUAAUAUUGUAAUGUACAGAGCACUGUUAAAUUUCCUGUAUUCUCUUGAAAGCAAACCCUUGUAUUUUCCCGUUAUAUGUAAAGUACUAAAGAAAAUGCAAUACACAAA